AUGGAGGAUGCUUCACGUGAAGAUGCGGUGUAUGACUAUGGGGAGGACGACGAUGGAGACGCCUUUGACGCAGGCGGUGGCGGUGCAGGCGGCGACAACGCCGAUGACUACGACUUUGCCGCGGCAGCCGGUGGGGGCAGCGGUGGCGGCUACGACGGCGGUGGCGGCGACGGCGGCGAUGGCGAUGGCGUAUACGAUGCCGCCGCAAACGGCGGUGACGGCAACGGCGGCGGCUACGACGAUGGCAGCGCGGGCGCGGGCGCCGCCGGCGCCGGCCUCGGCGGCUUCGGCGCGGCUGGGAGCGCCGCGUUCGGCGGCGUGGCGCUGACAGGGGGCGUCCAUACUGAGAGCGACCCAAUGAGCUUGCCGCCGCACGGCACAGAGGUGUUUGUGGCCAACCUGCCGCACGAAACCACCGAGGAGCAGAUCCGGGAGUUCGUGGCCGGCGCGGUGACGGGCCUGCAGCUGCACUCAGUCCGUGUGCCCAGGGCCGGCUCAGACAGCCGCGGGGCCAAAAAUAAGGGGUUUGCCUUUGCGGUCUUUUACUCUAAGGAAGACGCAGAGGCGGGGGUGGAGCGCCUGAAUGGCCGCAACAUUGGCGGGCGCGCCACGCGGGCCUCCCUCAGCACCAGCAACAACCGCCUGUUCCUCGGCAACGUGCCGCGGGCCACAACGGCCCAGGAGCUGCGUCAGGCGCUGGAGCGGGAGGUCGUCGGACUCGAGGAUGUGGACCUGGUGUCAGAUAAGGAGCACUCCGGCCAGAACCGCGGCUUUGGCUUCCUCACGUUCUACAACCACGCGGCCGCUGACAGGGCACGCAAGAAGCUGGAGCAGGGGUUCAGCGUGGGCAACCGGGCGAUCAAUGUGUCGUGGGCGGAGAUGAAGAACAAGCAGCAGGGGCCGGCCGACACUGGCGUAAAGGCGGUCUAUGUGGGCGGCCUCCCGCAGGACGCCACCGCUGAGGCUCUGCGGGAGAUCUUCUCGCAGCACGGGGAGCGCCGCGGCCUCUAG